AUAUUAAUACUAAAGCGAUAUAAUAUAUUGGAAGGGCCUUAAAGAUCCAUCGUUCCUUCCCCUGUCUCUUUCCCUCCCUCCCACCCACCCACCCGCAAUUUCCCCCUUCCCCCUCCCUUUUGCACUGGGCCCCUGGAAAAAGCCAUGAAUUUUGAAUUUGAGAGGGAGAUAGGCUUCAUAAACAGCCAGCCGUCGCUAGCGGAGUGUCUGACGUCCCUUCCCGCUGUCCUGGAGACAUUUCAAACUUCAUCAAUCAAGGAACCACCGACGUUAAUUCCUCCUCCUUUGGAACAAACCCUCCUCAGCUUGGAGCCUUCUUCCAGCAGCCAGCCUACGCCAAGGAACCAAAAGAGAGCACGACAUGGGCAGGCCCAGAAACCCACGCCCCAGCCUCCUUCCUUGGCUGGAGAAUUCCCCUGGAUGAAGGAGAAGAAAUCCUUUAAGAAAGCCAGCCAGGUCCCUGCAUCUUCUUCUCCAUCGUCCUCUUCCUCCUCAGUGCCUGGAUCUGCCGCUGGUUCUCCUGCAGACCUUCAGGGCUUCUUAGACAGCAGCGGGAGCGGCUCUCGGCGCCUGAGGACGGCUUACACCAACACGCAACUGCUGGAGCUGGAGAAAGAGUUCCACUUCAACAAAUACCUCUGCAGACCCCGUCGGGUGGAAAUCGCUGCUUUGCUGGACCUGACCGAAAGGCAAGUGAAGGUCUGGUUCCAGAACCGAAGGAUGAAGCAUAAGCGGCAGACGCAGCACAAGGACACGCCCGAGGGCGACCCUGGCUACACCAGCUUGGACCCAGGCAAGGAAGAGGUGGUGGAAGAGGAGGGGGGCAGCUCUCCGUUUGGGGACCUCCUGGAGCUCCCUUGUCAUUUCCCAGCCAGCGGCAGAGAGCCGUCGAGGGUCCCUGCUGGUUACCUGACACCCACAGAAGAGAGAGCCGCUCACGCAGAGCCAAACGGGCCAGCUGGCGCCCGCUCUUCCUCCUCUUCCUCUUCCUCUUCGGACAAUGCCUUCCUAGAAAGCCAGAAGUCUCCUUUGUUGCCACCAGAUCUCAAUAUCUUCUCGGUGGAUUCCUGCCCACAGACCUCAGAGGGGCUUUCUCCGAACCUGCAGGGGUUCUUAGAUAGCCCAGUCAAUUUCUCGGUAGAAGACUUGGACUUUUUUACAAGCACACUUUGUACUCUCGAUCUGCCACAUUUGAAUUUCCAGUAAACACCCAGCGACUUUUCUGAUCUGCCUUGGGUUAUGUGCCCCUAUAAACGCACACACAGGCAUACACACCAACAGCUAGCUCCGCCGGCCAUUUAAGGCUGCCCCCACCCCUCAUCGACCCCUCCCCAGUUCUGCUCGGCACCCCAUUGAAAACACAUUUCCUUGGAAAGAUGUGUGUGUGUGUGUUCAAUGGACCCCUCCGUUAAAAUGUUUGUCACUUUAAAAAAAAAGAAGAAGCACCAUAUGUUUUGGCUAACUUCAGGUAUUUUAUAUCUUUUAAAUAUUUCAAAAAUCGAAGAAUGGGACCAAAACUGGUGCUAGGGAGCAAGAAACAAAAUAUGGGCAAGAAGAUAUUCGUUUAUUUGUUUAAGAAAAUAUACACUCUGGCCUUUUAAAUAUCUUCAGAGCUAAGAUUCCAUUCCAUUCCCCUCCCCCGCCUAUUCCCUACUGACCAUUAUUAGAAAUUCUCCACACGGGAAGAAAAUGUUUGUCAGUUUCUUAAAAGUGAAUUUCUCAGGAAGCAAAACAAGACGUUUAGAUUUCUUAAUUUAAAAGCAAGAUAGAAAGAAGAAAUUUUAAAAAGAAAGCCGAAGGUUUUGCCUUUUCCUUUUAUGUUUUAGAGGUAGAUUAUUUAUUGAAAUGCUUUAAUAGUAAAAUGCAAAUUAUUUAUUGUACAUUAUUUUCAUAGGUUAAAUAAAUGACUUUAUAGUCUUAAAA